UUUCAACCACUGACUUAAGACCUCUCUCUCUCUCUCUCUCUCUCUCUCUCUCUCUCUCCCUCUCUCCCUCCUCUUCUGUAAGAAAUCAAAACAGCUGAGGAGUAACAAUGGGGGACAAGGCAACAUUAGCAAAGGCAAGAAAGGAGCUUGAAGAUAUGUAUGAAGGCAUACCAGAUGACUCAGUGAACCUCACUUUCCAAGACUUUGCAGACCUCAGUAUAAGCACUACUGCAGACAAGAGAAAACCCACUCACACUUUGGAAUCCAUUUCCGAAUUCAAGUCCCAGAACCCCAUGGCCAGACUUCCUAGCCUCGAUUUCAACAGAGCCUUGCAAGCAUCCAAGAACAACCACCGCAUCAACGAAGACGUUGUUGACCCCUACAGAGGUAAUCACCAUAAUCUUCAUCACCAGAACAAUCACUACCACCUCGACGCUAAUAGUCACCGCGGCCAUGCAGGCCAGGGAGGCCAUCGAUACGGUGGUGGCGAUCAUCAUGGUGAUGACCAAGGCCAUAACUUUAAUCAUCAUAUGAUGAGUGGUCAUGGAGGAGUGGAGAUGAGUAGCAUAAGCAUGGCUACUAGUACUACUUAUGAUCAUCAUGAUGUGAGCGGCGUAAGCAUGGCUUCGACUGCCGUGCACCAGCAAGAUAGAGGUGGAAGGCGAAGGCCUGGGGUUCCUCACUCCAAUAUCUGCACCAUUUGUAGUACCUACAUCUAUAUUUUCCGCCAUCGCUGCCUGGUUUGUGGAAGAGUGUAUUGCAGGCAAUGUGUGAUGGUAGGGAUGGGAGAAAUGACAGAAGGUAGAAAAUGCGUCCAGUGUCUUGGGAGGCGAUUUAGCCAAAGGUACAUACAAAAAGCAGGAAAGGUUGGAUGUUGUUCAAGGUACCCUAGCGCGGUGAAGCAAGCAGAGCUCAAGUGGGCCGAGAAAGGGCCCAGAAGGUAUGGUGGAAAUGGGCCUUACGGUCACAGCACCAUGGGAACACCCAGAUCAAAAAGCCCAGUAACUCCAAGAACUCCACGGACCCCAAUCAGGGCCCAUGCUCCUCCUAGUCCUGGCCCAAAUUCCUUUGUCACCAGUUCAUCAUACUCUCCUUAUUCUCCCAGUCACCACCACCUCCCUUUCUAGAGUUAAACCGAAAUUUAUUAUUGUUUUCUUUCUUGGUGUUUAAGAAUUCCUUAUAUAUUUUAACGUUUUUCAAAUGGUUUGUUUUUGGAUUUUGCUUAAUCAUAAUCCUAUAUAUAUCUCAGUUUUGUAUAAGGCAUCUUAUGUGACUCAUGGAUGAUGA